UGGGAGCUCGAAGUUGCUUCUGCCUCCGGGAGAGGUCUGUUGGGUGACUGCUUUUUCCUUUUUUAAAAAAGCCAAACAUUUGUUAACCGUCCACCUCCAGAAGUGAGUUUUUAUUGAAGAAGCUCCAGCAGCUCCCCUCUCGCAGCCAGCAAGCCGGCAGGGCCUCUCGGAGAGGGAGCUGUUUCUCAGGCCAGGCACGAGGGCAGUGCUAGCAGACCUGAAAGAGCAGGAGACAGCCGCCGCAUGCCGAGCUCCCGGCCCUCCAGCUCCCCAGGCUAGCCCUCCCCGCAGCUGUGUAGCCAGCGACCCUUGGCCUUGUGGUGACAUUCCUCCUCCAAAGUGACCGGUCACCGUCAGCGACGUUGGGAGGAAGCCGUGAUGCUGCAGAUGCUGUGGCAUGUUCUGUCUAGCUUUUUCCCCAGGGCUGGGUGCCAAGGCUCCAGAGAGGGGAGCAGUAACGAAGUCAGAGGCACCCCGGCUCCUCCUCAGGGAGACCAGAUGUCGAGCUUUUUGGGGAAACGGGACGGCAGGGCUGAGACCACAGAAAAGAGACCCACCAUUUUGCUGGUGGUCGGACCUGCAGAGCAGUUUCCUAAGAAAAUUGUACAAGCUGGUGAUAAAGACCUCGAUGGGCAACUAGACUUUGAAGAGUUCGUCCAUUAUCUCCAAGAUCAUGAGAAGAAACUGAGGCUGGUGUUCAAGAGUUUGGACAAAAAGAAUGAUGGGCGCAUCGAUGCUCAGGAGAUCAUGCAGUCCCUGCGGGACCUGGGGGUCAAGAUAUCAGAGCAACAGGCAGAAAAAAUUCUCAAGAGAAUACGGACGGGCCACUUCUGGGGCCCUGUCACCUACAUGGACAAGAACGGCACGAUGACCAUUGACUGGAACGAGUGGAGAGACUACCACCUUCUGCACCCCGUGGAAAACAUCCCCGAGAUCAUCCUGUACUGGAAGCAUUCCACGAUCUUUGAUGUGGGUGAGAAUCUGACAGUCCCUGAUGAGUUCACAGUGGAGGAGAGACAGACGGGGAUGUGGUGGAGACACCUGGUGGCCGGAGGUGGGGCUGGGGCUGUAUCCAGAACCUGCACAGCGCCCCUGGACCGACUCAAAGUGCUCAUGCAGGUCCACGCCUCCCGCAGCAACAGCAUGUGCAUCGUGGGAGGCUUCACCCAGAUGAUCCGAGAGGGUGGGACCAAGUCACUCUGGCGUGGCAACGGCAUCAAUGUCCUCAAAAUUGCCCCUGAGUCAGCCAUCAAAUUCAUGGCCUAUGAGCAGAUCAAGCGUCUUGUCGGGAGUGACCAGGAGACUCUGAGGAUUCACGAGAGACUUGUGGCAGGGUCCUUGGCGGGGGCCAUCGCGCAGAGCAGCAUCUACCCGAUGGAGGUUCUGAAGACCCGGAUGGCCCUACGCAAGACAGGCCAGUACUCAGGCAUGCUGGACUGUGCCCGGAAGAUCCUGGCCAGAGAAGGGGUGGCCGCCUUCUACAAAGGCUAUGUCCCCAACAUGCUGGGGAUCAUCCCCUACGCUGGGAUCGACCUCGCUGUCUACGAGACACUCAAGAAUGCCUGGCUGCAGCGUUAUGCAGUGAACAGCGCAGACCCUGGAGUGUUUGUGCUCCUGGCCUGUGGCACCAUGUCCAGCACCUGUGGCCAGCUGGCCAGCUACCCACUGGCUCUGGUCAGGACCCGGAUGCAGGCCCAAGCCUCCAUUGAGGGCGCUCCGGAGGUGACCAUGAGCAGCCUCUUCAGACACAUCCUGCGGACCGAGGGAGCCUUCGGCCUGUACCGGGGGCUGGCGCCCAAUUUCAUGAAGGUGAUCCCAGCUGUGAGCAUCAGCUACGUGGUGUACGAGAACCUGAAGGUCACGCUGGGCGUGCAGUCUCGGUGACAGGAGGGAGGCCGGCCCUGCCCGACAGACUCGCGAUCCUGGGCCUGUGGCCCAGGAGGUGGAGCCAUCUCAUUCUGUGAAUGCGCCGACACUAAGCUGACUGAAGCCGAGCUGUGAGAACACUGGGAAGUGCCCGUGCGGGGUGGGGGGGCCGGCAGGCCCCCUGGGUUGGUCCUGCUGACUGUGGCCGACCCUUGCAUCCGCCCCAGGGGACACCUGAGGGUACUCCUCAGGCCCAGGGGUCAGCAGGACACAGGCUUAUGCACAGUAGGGACAGGAUGUUUCCUACAGCGCCUGCCAAACAGCAGGGCUUGGAGGCCAGCUUAGUUCUUCCACCGUUUCCUCCCGCCCAGACCCUCGGCCGAGGGCUCUCGCCCUCUGGCCUGCCGGGCAUCUUCACCAUGCCCACUUCGCUUCUUCCUCACUGCUGUUUUCAAAUGGGAGAAGGAGGGCUACCAGCCCACUCCUGUGACCCGCCUCACUCCUCUCCCCUCAGUCCACGAAAGGGGACAGAUGCUUCCACCUGACGUCACCGCCCUGACAGCAUCGCCUGUGGCUAGGUUGCACAGGGAACAGGGAGGAGUCUGGCUGUGUGCUCACCCUCACCUGGGCACCGAUGCGUGUGUGCAUGCAGGGGCAAAACCCAGCCCCACCAUUGGCUGCCUGGUGCCCAGGCGCAUGGCUUCCAGAGAGGUGCGUGCUGGUCCUGAAACCCGGAGGCUUCUGCCCCGUGCUGCUUGGGGUCCCCUGGUGCUCGGAGCUGGCCCCGGACUCUUGCAGGACUGGCAUUAGCUCAGAACCAGCUCUGUCCCUGUGGUGGCAUGAAGGCUGUGGGGCACCAUGGUGGUGUGGCCGGAAGGCCAGUUUCUGCCCUGCGUCCACAUGGCCCCAGUGAGAGAAGGAAAAGGGAUGGACGGCCUUAACUGUGCAUUGUUGAGAAAGAGGCUCUGUUCAGAAAGACCAGCGGGACAGGUGUGCAAGUUCUGUGCUUCAGAGGGAAGACAGCAAGUAGACAGCUCGGCCGACUGCAUUAAAGUCUGUUUCCGAUGCCCCUGGGGAUUCAUGUCUGAUCCCAAAUGGGGCAAAGUGGGACCAGCCUCACAUUCCACUGAUGCACCUACCGCGCUGCGUGGAGCCUAUUUAUUUCGUAUUUAUUUGAACAGAGUUAUGUCCUAACUAUUUUUAUAGAUUUGUUUAAUAGCCUGUCAUUUUCAAGUUCAUUUUUUACUCAUAUUUAUGUUCAUGGUUGAUUGUGGCACCAUAACUGGUACCACCCAACACCUGAGAGGUAGGGCAAAGAGAGAAAGGGAGGCUGUGGGAGCGACCUUCAGCCACUGCCCACACGAGAGAAGGGCAGGCUGGGGGGUGGGGUCGUGCAGCCAGGAAGCCUUAGGGUCUGAGGGUUGGAUUGGGGGCAGGAGGCGUGGGUGAGGUCUCAGUUCCAUGGAAGACAGAAGUCCAAACCCUUUUUCCGACCAGAAGGAUUUCUGUAUUUCCCCGUUUCUGAAUGACAGGGCAGCAAGGUGCCUAUCACUGUGAGUUUGAGAUGGGGGUCAGAGGAGAGGGUGGCCAGCUGCCUACCCCGGCCCCGCCCCUGGCCCAAGGGGGCUCCUCCCUCCCGGCUUCCCCCCACCUGCUGCCCUGCUCAGUAAUGCGGCCAGUUUGCAGCCUCACCUCGCACUUUCCAUCCCACCAGAAUGGCCCGCUGCGAACGAUUUAAAUGGGAUGCAAAGAUCAAUGCAAAAUUCACUGUUCUAUAUAAAUAAAUAGACUUAUAACUGGAAUUGGUGAAAAAGCAAAUUAAGACAGAAUUGGAAGUUGUCAUUGAAAAUAGCCUUCUAAUAAAGUUGUUUCAAAGCUGA